AUGAACCUGUACAAACUGACAGUUAUCAUCACUAUGCAUAAAACUCAUCAGCCUGCCAGGAUAGCAAUGCAAGUAGCCAAGAGGACGAACAUUUGCCUUCCUCCUGAAGUAAACCAGAUUUUGUAUAUAAAAAAUUUAUCAUGCAAAAUUACAGCUGAAGAAAUGCAUGAGGUCUUUGGGAAAUAUGGACCUAUUUGCCAUAUCAGAGUAGGAAAUACACCUGAAACUGGAAGAACUGCCUAUGUGGUCUAUGAAGAUACCUUUGAUGCAAAGAAUACAUAUGACCAUCUAUCAGAAUUCAGUAUGUGUAACAGAUACCUUGUGGUUUUAUAUUACAAUGCUAACAGGGCAUUUCAAAAGAUGAACACCAAAGAGGGGGAACAGUUGAAGCUUCUCAAGGAAAAAUACUACAUCAAUAUGGAUCCGCCAAAAUAA